UGGUCUUCGAUAGGUGCAAUUCCCGGGUCUCGGAAUCGUUGCAGACGGACAGUGCAGAGAUUGUUGAAGAGAACCCUGUUGCAGGUGUUGCUGUACUCGUGGCCUUCUACACCCGAAGCGAAUUGUCCCCGCGGUGUUGCUAAUGGCGGGGAACGCGGAUGCAGGUCCGUCGAGCAGCGGGGAAUCCCCUUUGCGUCUCCCCUCGCCCGAUGAGAUCCGAGCCCAAGACAUUUUCAAUAAUUGUGCCGUGCGAACCGCCGUCAGUGGUGUCAUGGGCGGUGGAAUGGGAAUCUUCAUGGGGAUGUUGUUUGGAGCACUCGAACAACCCCUUCACACUGAUACCAUGACAGCUCGACAACACUUCGUACAUGCAGCUCGAACGAUGAGCUCAAAAAGUGUGCAAAUGGCUAAAACUUUUACUGUCAUGGGUGCUAUUUUCGCGGGAACUGAAUGCGUGUUUGAGAAGGCAAGAGCAAAACACGAUGCUACAAAUACAGUAUUAGCUGGGUGUGCGACUGGAGGGAGCAUGUCAGCAAGGGCUGGACCACAGGCAGCCUGUAUUGGAUGUGCAGGCUUUGCAGCCUUCUCUGUAGCCAUUGAAAAGGUUUUUGACCGUCACAAUUAGUUCGCUUACAUGACAUGUCGUCACUGGAUGGUCUUCUCUGCUUCAAGGGGUGUUCAUGCACAUCGUCCCUCGAUACAAAAUUUUGACCCUUUCAAACAGUGUAUAGAGAUGGUUUUCCUCUUACAGAACUGUAGCUUUGUGCUACACUAGACAACACAACAUUCAUAGAAAUAAUGAUAUUCUUUCUGCAGUAGUAGUAUUAUUCUUUAGUCUAUUCCAAUGAGAAAUUUUUCGAACAGGACAUAGGGUAGACAUUCUUGCGAGGCCUUCGUUAUAAUAUGCCCAAGCAGAUGGAUUCAUAAUCAUUGGUUGACCUUGUUGGAAUGGUUUAUGAUUUGCAUGCUUUGGGGCAUUUAAAAGCAUGACUUGUUGCAAGGUUA